GUCUUGUGAGCGAAAAAGACGAUGUGGAGCCCUACCUUUGUCAAGGCUGCGGCUCUUCUGCUGUACAUUCUCCUAAUCUCUUCUGUGAGCGAGUGUGUAUACGCCUCGUCUACUGGCACUGCUCCAGUCCAAGUGGCCAUAGCCGCAACUGAUGAUACUGCUCGCAUGGUUGUGACCUGGGUCACUUUUGAACGGACAAACACCUCAGAAGUUCAUUAUGGCCUGUCGGGACAGGGGCUCACUCACAGUGCAGAAGGCUCUGUCACAAAGUUUGUGGACAAGGAGCUGAUUGGUAGCAGUAUACGCUACAUCCCAUAGGGUCAACAUUACUGGACUCCUUCCCCUCAGCAAGUACGACUAUGUAUGUGGUAGUGGAGGAAACUGGAGUAUGCAGUACACGCUGCGUACACUGGGAGGUGCAGACUGGAGCCCCACUCUGGCUGUAUAUGGGGACAUGGGGACAGCCAAUGCAGUCUCACUACCCUGGCUGGUGGAGGAGGUAGCCUCUGGAGGCUUCGAUGCAGUCCUGCAUGUUGGUGACUUGGCCUAUGACCUGUUUCAGUGAGGGUGGAAAGGUGGGUGAUAAGUUCAUGGAGCAGGUGGAGCCCAUUGCUACACAGGUGCCUUAUAUGGUGGCUCCAGGGAAUCACGAGUGGCUACAUAAUUUCACUCAUUACAAGAACCGAUUCAGCAUGCCGGGAAACUCUGAAAACUAUCACUACAGUUGGAAUAUUGGCCCUGCCCACAUAAUCAGUUUCUCGACAGAGGUUUACUUCUUUCUGGAAGAUGGUCUCAAACUGAUAGAGUGGCAGUACCACUGGCUGGAGCAGGAACUACAGAGAGUCAGUGCAGCAGAGUAUAGAGGAGAGCGUCCCUGGAUCAUCGCCAUGGGCCACAGACCAAUGUAUUGCUCCACCAACAAUGACAAUGACUGUGACCACCACAACAGUGUGGUGCGUGUGGGCCUGCCUCUGGAGUAUAAGUAUGGUCUAGAAAAGCUCUUCUACCAAUAUGGUGUGGAUCUGGAGCUGUGGGGUCACGAGCAUAUCUAUGAGAGAAUGUGGCCACUCUUUAACUACACAGUGAUGAAUGGUUCUUAUGAAAAUCCGUACACAAAUCCGGGAGCCCCUGUCCACAUUGUUACUGGAUCAGCUGGGUGUAGGGAGGACCACGGUGACUUCAAGAAGGAUCAGCCAGAGUGGGUGGCCUUUACCAGCAGGGACUAUGGCUACUCCAAGAUGACAGUGCACAACGCAACUCAUCUCUCAUUCCAACAGAUCAGUGCUGACCAGGGAGGAAAGGUCGUUGAUGAAUUUACCAUCAUCAAGGACUACCACGGACCAUACCGGGCCAUGGACCUUUGAACACACCGCCAUGUGUGUGUGUAUCUACGUGUGUGUUUGUGCCUUUUCCAAAACAGAAUACCAAAUAUGUAUCACAUGUGUUAUAAAACAGUGGAUGCUGGGGGAAUUCUCUGAAUUAUGAUUAUUAUACAAGAACAGUGAUUUGUGAAUGCAUGUCUUUUGGAGUGGAUUAAAAUUCCAUUAACAUCGGUUUCUACAUAGUCUAAAUCGAGUCUGUGUCCUGCUGUUAGUCUGGAGGUCUAUAGUGACACGGUCCACUGGUGUUGGGGCUGGUCCUGUCUCAGCAGAGGCACUUUGACUGUCCUUCCGUGUCUUUCUCUGUGUCCAUGAAUCAGCGGGUGUAAAAACAAGGCAAGUGCAAUUCGACAACACAUUCUCUUUAAAAAGGUAGAACUUGAACCCACGGCACUCUGUUCUCUAGACAAGCACUCUACCACUAAGCUAGCAGGCUCUCAGCAGGCUGGGCCUAAAAUAACACAACUCAAGGCAAAGACAAACCCCAAACUCUCUGCUAUAGCACACAAACCCAUCACUUAAUAGGUACUGUAGAUAAUUGGUGAGUGUGGAGUUGAGGGGGGGUAGCUAUUAUAGUGUUAGAUAAUCAAGCAGAACAGCAAGUGCAGUUACAUGUGUAAAUGACGAGUAGAGAGAUACUUGCAUGUCCAGAGACUCACCUUGUCUAGGAUUUCCGUAGCCAGAGCAAGAAAAAGCUCCUCCAAGUUCUCCCCAGUCUCAGCGCUUGUCUCAAAGAACAGUAUGCCAUUCGAAGAGGCCAGCUGCAGUCGGAACAAUCAUCAACUCACUGAGUCUAUCCUAUAUAACAGGGAUCUCUUUGCUAGAGUGGGACAUACAGCUCUGCUGUGGGUGUCUGACGACUCAGGGGUUGUUAGCAGGUCUAUCUUGUUUCCCACCAGAGCAAUCCUCACAUCUCUGUUGAGUGUGUUCUGCAAAUGGGAGGAUUAUAUGUAUGGACCUCAUUGUUAUACUGAGCAUGUUAUUGUGCUGGUCCAGCUGUCAGCAGUCACUGCAGUGUGUAGCUAAUGGCACAAUAGUGCCACUCUAUGUUUUGUACGGUACUUGAAUAAACACAUGGCUGUUGUCAUAGCUCCUUAUUACCAUGCCUGAGGUAAAUCAACCAAAACAAACAUGUGUGUUGUCAGGUUCAGUUAUAGUAUUUGUAUAUAGCUACCUCUCCACAGAACGGGCCAAGAGCAAAGUGGUUGUCAUUCUCUUUUACCACAAUUGUAUUUUACCUCUGUGAUAUCUGUCAGCCAGUGCUUGACAUUGUCAAAUGUCUUUCUUUGCGUCACAUCAUACACCAGGACAAUACCCUGAAGCACGGAGGAGCCGCUCUCAGUAAAUCAGAAAGAACAUACUUCAUUUUCCUUCUAUAACAUGAUGACACUAGGUGGUGAGUGUCUAGACCUGAGUUGUAGCUAUUGUAAGUCCACAUCUACUUACUUACAUCAGCUCUUCCAUAGUACUUAGCAGGCAUGGACCUGAAUCUUUCUUGUCCGGCUGUGGUCCAGAUUUGCAACUUUACAUCCUUGUCUCCAACUCGAAUAGUCUUGCUCUGAACAUCAACCCCGAUGGUUGACAGAGUGCUCGCUUUUAUCCCUCCUACAGAGAUGAACUUCUUAAUGAGUCUGUUCUUGCCAACUCCGCCGUCUCCGCAGACUAACACUCUCACCUUCUCUGCUCCGUCCAUCGCAGCUAUAAAGCUCGGACGCAACGCCCUUUUGGGGGCGGGGCCGCUCAGGUGUGAGAGAGCAGGCACUAGUCUACUGGGCCACCGUAAGAGCUGCACCAAGCUGGUGCCUGUGCCCUUCUCCUCCACCCCGACGAUAUGCUGAGCAGGGAGCCGUCUCGUCGGCGUAUGGCUGAUGAGAGGAGAGAACCAGAGCAGCAACAAAGACAAGAGGUUGAAAAGGAAGUCACCGAAAUCAGUGAAGAGAAAAGAGGGGAGACACAAAGAAAUAUUCAGAUCCUGAGAUCAGAAAAAGCAGCUCUAGUGCAGGAGAAAGAAGAAUUCCAAUGUCAACUUUGCCGACAGGCCACCCGACAAGCUGCACAGGGAGAGACUAGAGCUAGAGAUGUAGAGAGAAAACUGUUGGAGGCUAACGGUAGGGCAAGGGUGGCAGAGGAGGAGAUAGCCAAGCUACAAGAGUGGCUACAAAAAUCUGAGGCUGGCGCGAGGGAGAGGAGAGAAAGGUCAGGUGAAGUCGAGGGGCGUUUGGCAGACAUGGUGGAAGCAGUAAGGGAAGAAGAAAGAAGACGGAGACAGGCUGAGGAAAGGGUGGCAGAUAUGGAGGGAAGGGUAAGGGUAUCAACCGAGAGACAGAGAAGAGCAGAAGAGAGGAUGACUGAAGCUGAAAACACGCGACGACAAGCAGAGGAGAGACAGGGAGAUUUUGAGAGGCGAGUUAUUGAGAAUGAGCAAAUCGUCUAUCGCAGAGUGCAACAGGCUGAACAGGCACACCGCGAGGCCCUCCGUCGAUGUCAACUAGCAGAAGGUAGGCUGACCGAAGAGACACGGGCGCGAAUAGAGUGUGAGCGAAUGAUGCAACAACUUGAGGUCCAACUGAGGGAGGCAGAGAGAGUGGCCAACAACCUCGAGGCAAGCACAGCGGAGCAGCAAGACCAUCUAUUCUGGAGGGUGGAUAGGAGGGAGAUUCAUCUGUCCCAGCAGGAACUCGGCAGGGGAGGGUGGGCUGCAGUGAAGGUAGCAGAGUUCCGUGGGCUACAAGUGGCUGCAAAAUGCCUCCACUCGGUCAUAAUCUCGGAGCACAACCGCAGACUGUUCUUGCGAGAGAUGAACAUGGCGGCAAAGCUCCGCCAUCCACACCUGGUGCAGUUCAUUGGAGCCACCCUCGAGGGAGAGCCCAUCAUCCUGACUGAGCUAAUGAGCAAUAGUCUCAGGGACAUCCUCGGGACACGUCAUCUUAAAGAGCAACACAUCACGACCAUUGGCCGCCAUGUGGCUCUAGCUCUCAACUACAUGCACCAGAUGUCUCCAGACCCAGUCCUUCACAGAGACGUGAGCAGUGCAAAUGUUCUCCUCAACCCAGGACCAGACGAUGGUUGGGUAGCCAAGCUUUCCGACUAUGGCUCGGCCAAUUUCACUCGACUGGGAAGCACUGCAGGGCCAGGCAACCCAUCCUACGCAGCACCAGAGGCCGCAGAUCCGGUCAGACAGAGCCCCAAGAUGGACGUCUUUAGUUUCGGUGUGCUGUUGAUGGAGAUGUCUACUGGCCAGUUCCCCAACAGAAACCAUCUCCAAUCCCAGCUGAGAGGAGUCUCUCUGCCAAGACUUUCUAGGCUUAUUCAACAAUGCAUUGAUGACAAUCCCACAAGUAGACCAACUAUUGCUGUUGUGCUAAAUGAACUAUGAUUUUAGUUUAUUGUGUUACUUAAGUUGCAGCAAGUCAGUUUCACCAAUGUCUCCCCAAUCACGUCCACCUACUUUCUAAAAAUAAUACACGUUUACACUCCGAGUGGAAUUUUAUACUUUACAAUUACAGUUAUAUGGUGCCUAAAAACUACAUCAUUAAUCUAUCCAACAUUUUUUGCACAC